AAUCAAGGUUUCACUGCAAGGAGCUACACUGUCGACAAACGAAUCAGUAUGGGAAGAUUGGGCUAUAGGAAGAGCAAUCGAUGGACGAACUGGUCGACCUGAAGACUGUAAAUGUUGUACCGCCAUUUUAAGGCCGACCAGGCUCCGAUUAAAUCUACCCCGAACAUAUUUUGUGAAGGAAGUUGUACUUAUGGGGCGUACCGACGGAGUUAUCCUUCAGUUUAUAAAUAUUACACUGUUUGGUGGAAAUGCGGACAGUCACAUGGUCCAACAACGGGCCACGAGUGUUACUUAUACCAGACGAACCUACGAGAUAAGUCCUCCACAAGCUAUGCAAGCAAUAGUAGUGGUUGGUCAACAGGGACUAGAUAAUUAUAUGACAAUAUGUGAAAUAGACGUUUACCGACAAGAAGAUUGCAUGAAUGGUACCUAUGGCCCUUAUUGUGAGCAAAGAUGUCAUUGUCUGGAAGGACCUUGUGACCUUAUAAUUGGUACCUGUGGGUCAGGGUGUCAGGCUGGCUGGUCAGGAGCCGCGUGCAAUCAAAUCUGCGACAACGGAUGGUACGGCCUGGACUGUCGGACCAAAUGUGGUCGUUGUCUUAACAACGUUGCUUGUAAAAAGACUUCCGGUGAGUGUCCAACCGGAUGUGUUGCAGGGUAUAAAGGUUUUCAGUGCAUAGAGGAAUGUGACAAUGGAUAUCAUGGUCUUGGAUGUCAGAACAAGUGUGGUUAUUGUCAGAACAAGGUGGCCUGUAACACGAGUUCCGGCGUCUGCCCAGAUGAAUGUGAACCCGGAUAUAAAGGGACGAUGUGCACCGACGCCUGCGACAACGGAUGGUACGGCCAGGGCUGUCUUACCCGAUGUGGUCAAUGUCUGAACAACGCUGCCUGUAAUAAGACUGCCGGUAUGUGUCCAGAUGGAUGUGCUGCAGGAUACAAAGGUUCUCUCUGCAUUGAUGAAUGCGAAAACGAACGGUAUGGUCUUGCAUGUGAGAAAAUGUGUGGUCAUUGUAAAAACAAGGUGUCAUGUAACAAACUGUCCGGCGUAUGCUCUGGGGAAUGUGAACACGGAUAUAACGGGACGAUGUGCAUGGAAGAAUGUGAUGUCGGUUUCUUUGGAGACAAUUGUUCAGCAGUAUGUGGCGAAUGUAGUGGCGCGUGUCAUCAUAUAGACGGCAUAUGUUCACAAGGCUGUAAGAAAGGCUUUGCUGGCGAUCUUUGUAUGACACAACUGAUUCAGUCUGAGCUCACCGGACCAGCUGUUGGUGGUUCGGUUGGGGGUAUUGUUCUAAUCGCAAUCAUAAUUGUAUCGAUGAUCGCAAUUAAAAGAAGGCGUUCAACACCAACAAAAAGACACCAGUUCGAUGGCAUUCCUGUUGCAAUUCAGAAUGACACAGAUUCUAACAUCGACCAAACGCCGACAACAUCAAAGACUAAACCUCUGAAAGGCCCAAAUGGAGCCAUUUCAGACGCAGUGUAUGCAAACACAGGGUAUCCAGAAGAAGACGGCCUUUACUUCAACAGCGAACCACUUCAUAGACAACGUAAGCGUACUGAAAUACGUCUCAUUGCUGUCGAUAAACUGCGAGAGUUCGUACGAGACAACUACCAGAACGAAAAACUCUUCAAGCAAGAAUUCGACAAAAUACCACAUGGUCUUCAACAUCCGACGAUUGUGGCAUCCGCAGCCACAGGCAAAAACAGAUACAAGGAGGUGUAUGCAUACGACCAUUCUCGAGUGAUUCUCACAAGAAUCGCCGAUGAACCACAUUCCGACUACAUCAACGCCUGCCAUGUCGAUGGCUACACGGAAGAAAAAAAGUAUAUUGCGUCUCAAGGUCCGGUCAAUCCAAUGGUAGGCGAUUUUUGGAGAAUGGUGUGGGAACAAGACGUCUGUAUUAUUGUUAUGGUUACGAGACUCGUUGAAGAAGGAAAGAUGAAAUGUUUGAAAUACUGGGGCGAAUGCAAACCGAUAAUACACGGUUACUUUGUGGUCACACUUUCAGAAGAAAAAGAAUAUUCAGGUUAUACAAUUCGAACGAUUACUGUGCAUGAAAAGGAUAAACCACAUGUUUGUCGCAACGUGACCCAGUUUCAUUACACUACUUGGCCAGAUAAAAGCGUGCCAACCAGCAGCACAAGCCUCGUUCAAUUCUGGAGAAAGAUUAGGUGUCAAAAGAGAACCGCCAAACAACCAUGGCUGAUACAUUGCAGCGCUGGUGUUGGGCGCACCGGGACCUUCAUUGCAAUGGACUAUCUCUACGAUCAGGGAAAGGAGACCGGGAACAUUGAUAUCCCACAGUGUGUCACCAACCUGCGCGCUCAAAGGGUCAACACUGUGCAGACCUCCAGUCAGUACCGAUUUCUGUACAAGCUGAUGGUUGAAAUGUUGGUACUGCCAUCCCAACCCGUGACUCCCGAGCAGCUAAGUGGAGAGAAUAUGGGUCUCAAAGAACAGUAUUUAGAUUUAGUCUCCGAGGAGUCACUGUUUCCAGACGAUAACACGUACAAAUCGGCCACAAGCAAUGAGAAUCAGUCGAAAAAUAGAUCAAUGGACAUCCUGGCUGCUGAUAAUUAUCGCCCAUAUUUGUCAUCCUAUAUUCCGAACACGACCGAUUACAUCAAUGCUGUGAUAAUGCCAAGUGUCAAGCUGCCGACAAGAUUCAUCAUCACACAAUCUCCUCUAGAACACAGUUUUGUGGACUUCUGUAGACUGAUAUGUGAAAAGGAAAUUGAACUGAUUAUUUCCUUUGAUGUGAGUCCAUGUCUGCGGUGA